UCCCAAAACCCCCAGCUUGCAGUCACACAGCCGCGUCGUGGCGGGCGCCCACGUGGCGGCCGCACCAACCCUCAGGGAGGGGGUGGAGGUGGCGGUUGUGGGGGCAGCGGAGCCGGCGGCGGUGGUGGCGGGGUCGAGGGUGGCAGCAGUGGUGGUGGUGGAGGCAGUGGUGGCUCAUCUGGUAGCCGUGGUGGCCGCCCUGGCACUCUCCCCCCAUGCUCCCCUCCUUCCUCCAAAUCCUGCUCCUCCCCCUCCUCCUUCCUCAGGUGACAUUUACGACCCAGCUGUCCCUCACUCCCCUGCUCACUCUGCCUCAUCACACCAGCACCAGCAGCAGCAGCAGCAGCAGCAGCAGCAGCAGCAGCAGCAGCAGCAGCAGCAGCAGCAGCAGCAGCAGCAGCAGCAGCAGCAGCAGCAGCAGCAGCAGCAGCAGAAGGAGCAGCAGCAGCAGCAGCAGCAACAGCAGCAGCAGCAGGUGCAGCAGCAGCAGCGGAUGGAGCAGCAGCAGCAGCAGCAGCAGCAGCAGCAGCGGAUGGAGCAGCAGCAGCAGCAGCAGCAGCAGGAGGUGCAGCAGCGGAUGGAGCAGCAGCAGCAGCAGCAGCAGCAACCGCAGGCAGUGCAGCAACAGCAGCCGCAGCAGCACCAGCAGCAGCCACAGCAGCAGCAGCAGCAGCAGCAUCAGCCACUGCAGCAACCUCAUCGGCAUCGCCGCACCACCUCUCCUCCUUCUACAUCGACCAAGUCUUGCAGCGGUUCGACAUGGCGCAGGCGAAGCCGGUUACCACUCCCCUGCAGACCGACCACCAGCUUGCCCCUCCUCCUGCUCCCUCCUCCUCUGACCAUCCUUACGCUGAGCUCGUCGGCUCGCUGAUGUACGCUAUGAUGUGCACCCG